AUGGAUCUUGAAUUCCAACAUUUUGCUCGCUCUCUCCAAUCCCUUAGCAGCCACCAUUCACUACACCAAGGAAAACAGCUCCACCUCCUCUUCUUCAAAAAGGGUAUCUUAAAUUCCACUCUUUCACUAGCGAACCGCCUUCUGCAAAUGUAUAGUAGGUGUGGCAACAUGAGUGAUGCACUUAAACUGUUCGAUGAAAUGCCGUACAAAAACUGUUUUUCUUGGAAUACCAUGAUAGAGGGCUACAUGAAGUCCGGAAACAAAGAAAGAUCAAUUCGGUUGUUUGAUUUGAUGCCAAAUAAGAAUGAUUAUUCAUGGAACGUGGUUUUGUCAGGGUUUGCAAAAGCUGGUGAAAUGGAAAUUGCUAGGAGGUUAUUCAAUGAGAUGCCUAGCAGAAAUGCGGUUGUCUGGAAUGCGAUGAUCCACAGUUAUGCUCGAAAUGGGUCACCAAGAGAAGCUGUUAGGCUAUUUAUGGAAUUGAAUUCGGACCCUUUGGAUAAAUCAUGUUGUGAUACAUUUGUAUUGGCUACAGUUACUGGGGCCUACGCUGAUUUGGGUGCAAUUCAAUGUGGCAAGCAAAUACAUGGCCGGAUGUUGAUUCAUAAUGUGCAAUUUGAUUCAGUGUUAACUAGCUCGUUAGUUAAUUUGUAUGGAAAGUGUGGUGAUUUGGAUAGUGCAAAUUAUGUUUUGAAUAUGAUGGAGGAGCCAGAUGACUUUUCCUUAUCAGCAUUGAUCACAGGCUAUGCAAACCUUGGUAGAAUGAAUGACGCUCGAAGAGCAUUUAAUAGGAAAAGUAAUCCAUGUGUCGUGGUAUGGAAUUCAUUGAUUUCAGGAUAUGUUGCCAAUAACGAGGAAAUUGAAGCAUUUUUACUCUUCAAUCACAUGCAAAAAAGGGGACUCCAAGUAGACUUCUCUACACUCGCAACUAUUUUGAGUGCCUGCAGUAGCUUAUGCAAUUCUCUAAAUGGUAAACAAAUGCAUGCUUAUGCUUGUAAAGUUGGAUUAAUUUAUGACAUUGUUGUUGCUUGUGCUUUCAUUGACGCCUACUCCAAGUGCGGAAGCCCAAAUGAUGCUUGUAAAUUAUUUAGUGAGCUCAAAACCUAUGACACAAUUUUGCUCAACUCUAUGAUCACAGUGUAUAGCAAUUCUGGUAGAAUCGAGGAUGCUAAACAGAUCUUUAAUACAAUGCCUAGUAAAAGUUUGAUAUCAUGGAAUUCAAUGAUAGUAGGUCUUAGUCAAAAUGGUUGCCCAGUUGAGGCAUUGAAUCUUUUUGGCAUUAUGAAUAAGCUAGAUUUGAGGAUGGACAGGUUUAACCUUGGUAGCGUGAUUAGUGCUUGUGGUAGUAUCUCUUCACUUGAACUUGGUGAACAGAUUUUUGCUAGAGCAACUGCCAUUGGCCUUGAUUCUGACGAGGUCAUCUCAACUUCCUUAGUUGAUUUUUAUUGCAAGUGUGGAUUUGUUGACAAAGGAAGAAAACUAUUUGACACAAUGACAAAAUCUGAUGAGAUUUCUUGGAAUUCAAUGUUGAUGGGGUAUGCUACAAAUGGUCAUGGAUUGGAAGCACUAACAUUGUUUAAUGAAAUGAGGCAUUCUGGUGUCAGGCCAACAGAAAUUACAUUUACAGGGGUUCUCUCUGCCUGUGAUCAUUGUGGAUUGGUUGAAGAGGGACGGAAAUGGUUUAAUAUAAUGCAAUAUGACUAUCAUAUUGAUCCAGGGAUUGAGCACUAUUCUUGCAUGGUUGAUCUUUUUGCUCGUGCUGGUUGCCUGGAAGAAGCAAUGAAUCUAAUAAGACGUAUGCCUUCUGAGGCAGAUGCUAGCAUGUGGUCGUCAGUGCUGAGAGGUUGUGUGGCCUAUGGAGAUAAAGAUCUUGGAGAAAAGGUGGCACAGCAGAUCAUUGAGCUCGAUCCUGAGAACUCUGGUGCUUAUGUGCAGUUAUCUAGCAUAUUUGCCACUUCUGGAGACUGGGAAAGCUCAGCACUGGUCAGAAAGGUAAUGCGAGAGAAGCAAGUUCAAAAAAACCCUGGUUACAGUUGGGCUAAUUGUUGA